CUGCUGCUCCAGAGGAAGUUUAUUGAAGCACUUCCGGGUUACUUCCGCGUUGUGCAGGACGCGAGGUUUUUCUUCCCAACGUGUAGUUUUUGAGAAGCUGCGGUCCGAGAGAGAUGAAGGAAGGCGUCAGUCAAGGAGGUGCACAAACAAUGGAUGUUGGAGUUCCAGAAAAGGAGAGAAAGAAAAAGAAGAUGAAGAGAGCAAGAGAAGAAGAAGAGGAAGGUACAGAGGAUGGAGCGAUGUCACAAAAAGACUUGCAGAGAACAAAAGGCAAAAGGGAAGUUUGUGAAGAAAAAGGGUCAAAAAAGAAGUCGUCUGAGGAGGGCAGCUCGAGUAGCAUCGACGAAGAAACGUCCCAAAAAUCAGCGAAGGGGAAAAGAAGGAAGCAAAAGAGCGAAGGAGGAGGAGGAGAAGAGACGGCAGAACUGGAGCUGAACAGAGACACUGAGAGAAAGAAGAAGAAAACGAAGAAAGCAGGAGGAGGUGACGCUCAGGCAGGAGAAGAGCAGGAGAGAGAAACCGAAGAGGAGGAGAAGAGGAAGAAGAAGAAGAAGAAAAAGAAGGAGAGUGGACUGAGUGACGAACGAGAGACAGCUGAAGGAGAAGAACGCAAGAAAAGGAAGAUGAUGACUGAGGAGGACGCUGGACCUGGAGAAGAGCAGGAGACGGAAGGAGGAAAGACGAGGAAGAAGAAGAAGAAGGAGGAGAAAAGACUGGUGGAGGGAGAAACCGAAGACGACGGAGAUCCACCUGGGCGGAAAAAAAAGCAGAAGAAACGAAAGGAACAAGGAGACGAUGAAACGGAGGAGAAGGACGAGGACGGAGAGAUGGACGAGGACGGAGCAGGGGAUGAUGAAGCGCGGAGUUCAGCUUCGGAAAAGGACCUGGAUGAAGAAUCACAACCCAAAUCGAAUUUCGGUCAGUGGGACACGGUGCAGUUCGACAGCUCGGAGCGACAGUUGAAGUUCCUUCGUCUGAUGGGCGGAUUAAAGAAGGGCGGCCAGCCGAUCGGGCAGAGCGCCAGCCGCUUCAACAUGGCUCUGGGAAAGGAGGGCCAGCAGAAUCUACAGCAAGGCCUUCUGGGACAGUUUGAGCAAGCACAGAACCGCCGAAUGGACUUUCAGAACAGAGGGGCGGGACUUGGGUUCUCAGCGCCGCCCGAUAAGAAGUUUCAUAUCGACGCGAACGCUCCGAGUCAGAACUCGACAAGGUUCGAUGACUGAUGUGGUGACGGACGUGAGCGUGGAAUUAACCGCCACAUCCUGCUUAGUGUUCAGUGUGUGUGCACGAGUGUGUGUAGCCGCCCUGCUGGAGAAAGACUGAACUGCAACAUUACAUUUCUGCUCCCAGUAACAAAUCAGGAGCGUUUUCUUUUUCGCAGGCCUUAAACUUAACACUUUGACACCAUCAUGCUUCCUUUGAGUAACUGUAUAAGCCGGUUAAGUGGAUAGAGUUAAUUAUGUCUGUCAUUUUCAUUCUUUCUUCCCCCUGCCCCCAACUAUAUCUAUCUAUCUAUCUAUAGCAACUUCAGUCCACCUUCAAAAGAAUGACUUCAUCAACUCGCUCAUAUUUUGAUUCACUUUAUUCAUUCAGACUGCUGUAAAUACAUGACCUCUCCGUGUACAGAAAUGAAACCAUUUAGAACCAAAAAAAAAAAGGCAAGAC